GGGGGAUGAUCCCUUAUUAUAGAGACCUGGGCUACCCAGGGCUGACGAUGCUGACGAUGCUGACGAUGCUGACGCUGCAUACCCCGAACAAGCAGGUCGUCGGAGGCUUUCAGAGGGCGGCGGCACCUACGCAAUCUUGGCGUGCAUUAUGAAGGUGCAAAUUGCACUCGACGGCACGGCUCUUCCGAGCUCCGCUCAAAGUCUCCGUCCGUAUCCUUCGUACAAAUAUGGGCCAGUGGCCGGCCGAGUGAAUGGCUGGGCCCUGUUUGUCCAUGGGCGUAUUGAUCGAGGUGACGUUGGGAGUCUGGCCUCAGUUAUGCAGCGCUCGCUCAAGCCUGACGAGAAUUCGGCCCCCAUCAUCAUCCGACACCAUCUCAUGGCAAAACUUCAACGGUGGCUUAAUGCCACUUCCCUUCCAUCUUGUGUUGUUGGGGGUUUCUUUUUCUGAAUCAAUUCAUUUACACCUCUGCCCAUUGCAUCGCCUCUGUCCACACUUCAGCUCCCCUCCGAUCCAGCAACCACAACAACAGCCAUCCGAAAGAGGGCCCUCCUACGCACCAGGCCCUCCCUUCUUCUCUUCUCUUCUCCUCUUUUCUCUUCUCUUGCCUCCUCUGCCGUUCCGUGGGACGUCCUCUGCACCACGCAGUCCCCAAUUGCGAUUAGAGCCGCAAGGGCCGUUGUCGUCCAUCGGAAACCAGAACAACAUCAUCUCCCCAUCGCCAUCGAUCAAUCUCUCCUUCAGCCCACCACUCUCGCGCACGCGUCCACUGAUCCUUGCCGCCAGGCGGCACACAAGCUUCCCGAGCCUCAACCAUCCCCACACCCAGGCGGGAAAUGGCCUCUCUGGUCAAAGCCUGCGACUCAGCGCGUUUCCAAGCUCAACAACACAUCAGCCUCGCGGGGUAUAUCCUUCGCAGGUUGCCGUAGAAUUCUCAAGUCGUUAAGAGCCAUGUGACAGCGUCUGUCGUUCAAAAGGUAGUUGAGUGAAUGAUCCAAGGGAAGGUGUCAUAAUGCGGAGAUCCGCCCAGAGACCCUGUAGUAACCAAGGAUCCGCACAAACAAGUCUAGGUGAAAAGAUAUAAAAAAAAGGAAAAUUGUUGGUAGAUGUCGUCCCCUGCUUCGC